CAGCGGCGGCUCCGGCAGCACCCGGCGGCCUCGGGCGGGGCCGGACGGACAGACAGACAGAGGGCGCGGGGGGCGCGCGUCCCUCCUGGUCUGGCCAUGGAGGGAGCCUCGUUCGGCGCGGGCCGCGCGGGGGCCGCCCUGGACCCCGUGAGCUUCGCGCGGCGGCCCCAGACCCUGCUGCGGGUCGCCUCCUGGGUGUUCUCCAUCGCCGUCUUUGGGCCCAUCGUCAACGAGGGCUACGUGAACACCGACAGCGGGCCCGAGCUGCGCUGCGUCUUCAACGGGAACGCGGGCGCCUGCCGCUUCGGCGUCGCGCUCGGCCUCGGGGCUUUCCUUGCCUGCGCCGCCUUCCUCCUGCUCGACGUGCGCUUCCAGCAGAUCAGCAGCGUCCGCGACCGCCGCCGCGCGGUGCUGCUGGACCUGGGCUUCUCAGGGCUCUGGUCCUUCCUGUGGUUCGUGGGCUUCUGCUUCCUCACCAACCAGUGGCAGCGCACGGCGCCCGGGCCCAGCACGCUGCAGGCGGGAGACGCGGCGCGGGCCGCCAUCGCCUUCAGCUUCUUCUCCAUCCUCAGCUGGGUGGCGCUCACUGUGAAGGCCCUACAGCGGUUCCGCCUGGGCACGGACAUGUCGCUCUUUGCCACGGAGCAGCUGGGCACCGGGGCGGGUCAAGCCUACCCCGGCUACCCGGUGGGCAGCGGCGUGGAGGGGACGGAGACCUACCAGAGCCCUCCCUUCACCGAGACUCUGGACACCAGCCCCAAGGGGUACCAGGUGCCUGCCUACUAGUGGCCGGCAGGCCCCCACCAGGGUUCCACGGCUGCCACCAAGCCAGGGUCCAGGGUUUCCCGGGACCCCCCUCAGGUCCUCCUGGCCUAGCGCCAGGGACAGAGAGGGUGGCCACUGAGGGCUGUCUGGGGCCAAGAGAAGGUAGCCCCCAGGGUGCCUAGGGUGCCCCCCACCCCACGUUCCCCCUGUCCCUUUAGUCGCUGACCCCAGGCCUUAGGUCGGGAUGUGCAACCCUGGACAUGUGUCCUCCAGCCUAGUGGAUCAGCCUGGGAGGGGGCCAUUUCCCUGGUGAGCCAGCUAGCCUGUGGCUCACCUGUCCACCCUGGGGUUAGGGGUCUCGCUGCCCUCCAUAGCUAGGGCGGGGGCUGGCCCUGGGAGCACGGGCACUGUUCCCACCCCAUGUCCCCCGGGGCCGUGACUGUCCCUGCUCGUGUUGUGGCGGUUCACCCCGUGGGGCUGUGUGCACACUGUCCGGAGCCUCCAAGCGUUUGCUGUCACAGGCUCACUAGAGUAGCCUGGUCCCGUUGAUGUUGUGAUUGUGGUCAGGUCUUCGGGCUUCACCUCAUAGUUCCCUGCAAGCAGCCCCGCUGUCCGUAGCCUCUGCUCCUGUCCCGACUUGUCUAGGCCCAGGAGCCUGCCCGGGUGUGGGCACUUUUGGCUAGGAAGGCACAACAUGGCUGCAUACAGGCCUGGGCACCGGCCCUCUCCCACCCCAGCAAGAAGGUCUUGUCCAAGGGAGGCUUAGGACACCUGGGGGCCUGGCAAAACAGGCCCCUCACAAGGAAGGAGGCCUGAGGUUGCACAUGCCCACCAUGCCCUGGACUGGCCCAUCUGUGCAAUCCCUUUUUCCCUUGGCUUCCUGGACCAGCCCCUCAGCACCCUGCCCUGCACUCUGUUUUAAGGCGCAGCCUGAGGUUGGGGUCCCUCUGUAUAGCUGACUACUCAUGCAUUGCUCGAAGCUGGCUUUUCACAUUCUGUCAAUACCAAAUGCGGUUGCCACCUUCCAUUCUCGCAGACAGGCGCCUCCCUGUGGAGUUGCAGUUGGGUGACAACCCUGUACAUUGUAGCAUAGACCAAUUCUGUGUGAGUAUUUAAGUGAACAUGUUUACAAUUUUUGUAUAUAUGGAUCUUUCUCUCCCUCUUCUGAAAGAGCAAUCAGUGAUUGUGUAUCUUCAGUGUCCCAUGUUUCAACUGCAACUUCUUUACAAUAAAAGACUGUUAGUGAGUUUACCUGGCACA